GUUACAAUACCAGGUGUGGUCAUCCCUCAGUCCUGACUAAGCCUAGUUGAUUUCACUAGUUAUUGAUCCAUCAUGUGCUUGGGUUUCUUCUCCCCAGUCCCUGUUUGAACUCUCCUGGCACAAACAUCAGCAUGGUGGUAACUGCCACACAUUUGUCCCAUGACAGGGCAGAGAUGAAAAUCCUAGAAAUCAACCAGGAAUUGCGCUCCCAGCUGGCAGAGAGCCAACAGCAGUUUGAAGACCUCAAGGAGAAAUUUCUUAUAAGUCAGGCUACUGCCUACUCUCUGGCCAAGCAACUAAAGAAAUAUGGGAGUGAAGAGGACAAAGACAUCAUAGACUCUGUGCUGAGGGAUGAAGUGCAGUUCACAGAGGAGAAGCUGGCAGAGAAGCUCAGGCAAGCUGAGGAGCUCAGGCAAUAUAAAGCCCUGAUUCACUCUCAGGCAAAAGAGCUGACCCAGUUACGGGAGAAGUUAUGGGAAGGGAGAGAUGCCUCCUGCUCACUGAAUCAGCAUUUAAAGGCCCUCCUCACUCCUGGUGACCCUGACAAGUCCCAGGGUCAGGACCUCCGAGAGCAGCUGGCUGAGGGGCACAGGCUGGCACAGCGUCUUGUCAACAAGCUCAGCCUAGAAAGUGAUGAAGAUGAAGAUGUUACAGAUGAGGAGGUCGAGAAAGGACAGGAAACACCUGCCCCCAGGGAGGUACAGAGGGCUGAGGAAAAGGAAGUCCCUCAGGACUCACUGGAGGAAUGUGCUGUCCCUCGUUCAAACAGCCACGGCGCUUCUGACUGCAACCAGCCUCACAGGAGCACCAAAGUCACAUUUGAGGGAGACAAAGUCGACCCUGCUCUGGUUGUAGACAGUGAAUUCUCUCAGGAUGAAGAGGAGGAAGCUCCAAACAUUCUCCCAGGAAAUCAAAAGGAUCUUAAGGAAGAGGAAGAGAAAGCGCCAGUGCCCCCCAGCUCAUUGUCUUCCCAGUCCACUGAUCACCUGCCACUCUGUCUCCUGCUUGAGACAGGGAAGGAUGGUUAUGAGGGCACUGUAAUGGCUUCCUCUGGCCUCUCCUGUGGUCCUCCCUAUGGAACCGGCGGGGUGCACUGGUUUUGGUCCUGUCCAGUGUUUAUUCUCGGUCGUCUUUACUCCAGGCUGAGCCAGGAGCUGCCAGGGAUAAAGGAGCAGGAAGUCCCAGAGGACUCCUUGGAUGAAAUUUACUUGACUCCUUCAGCUCACCAUGACCUGUCUGACUGCCACCAGCCUUAUAGCGGCACCUUGUCCUCAUUGGAUGAUCAGCUCACAUGCUCUGCUCUGGAUGUAGCCUGUGAGUACUCCAACCUGAAGGCCACAAAGCUCCAGUGUCUUCCCAGGCAGCCUCCACGUGUUUUCUUUCUGCAACUUGUGCUGCUGAGACAGCUUUCAAAACAGACUGAAAACUGAGUCUGUUUUCAAUCUGCCUCUGGGAUCCAGUUUUGAUCACAUACAUCCAGAGGGUGAAACUUCCUCUACUCCUGUCCCAAGUGACUCCUCUGUCACCUGGCUCCUUCUUACAAGAGCAGGCUGUGGGCAUGAUUGCUGGAAAGGGGUUAGGACUUUUAGCAAGCUCUUGCCCGCAGUAGCUCAUCUAGAUAUAUUUGCACAACAAACCUUCUUCUUAAGACCUGGAAUCUCUCCUUUCUGAAAUUAUGUUGUUAACUACAUGCCUGGAACAGUGCCAUUAUCUCUUCUCUGGCCACCCACACAUGCAAGCAGUUUUGUACAAGUAUUUCAC